CAAGAGCAGGGCACAGUGCUUGGAGUACGCGACGGGACAGGACGGGACAGAGCGGUGCCGUGAGGAGCGCUCGUUCGUGUCUGACCUGGAGAUUUUCCGAGGCAUUACUCCUACAGGUGUCCUCGUGGCAAGACUGCAGGUCUUGGUGGCCUGUGGCCUUCCCGAGGCUUCUCUUUUGCAGGUGCCUCUGAGGCCAGACUGAGGGACUUGGUGACUCAGAGCUUUUCUGAGGCAUCUCCCAUCCUUCUGGCCUGCACACUCGAGGCGAGACCCUGGCACUUAGUGACCAAACCCAUUUAAGAGGUGUUUCCUGUCCUUGUGGCAGGAGCCCUUGAGACCAAAGUGCAGGACUUGCUGUCCUGUAAUCUUCCUGAGGCUUCUCUGCCUCAGGUGCCUUCAAGGCACAAGUGAAGGACUUGCUGAUUCAGAACUUUCACAAGGCAUCUCUCUUUAAGGUGACCUCAAGGCCAGACUCUGGAAUGGCAGGCAGAUUUCUCAGCCUAUUUAAAGUCUUCAGGGGGGAAAAAAACAAAGGCCCUAUAGCUGCCCCAGGAAAACGGCUUGAGGAGCCCAAGCAUUUCCAGCCAUUGCAGGACGAUGCAUCCCUGGACCGGACACAAGAGAAGGAAGCCGCCCACGGCUGCUUCGGCAGAACCCUGAAGAUAUUCCCAAAGUUUCUGCGCAUUCAACGCAGGAAGACCAGCACCGCAGCAGCUGAGGGCCCAGCUGAGCCUGACUCGGGGCUGACCCAGCUCCAGGCAGAGCCUGAUGUCAGCCUGCAUUUGGCUGAGCUCUCAGAAGACUCUGAGACCUCAAUGACUCAAAUCUGCGUGAAGGCACUUCUCACAUCAAUGACCGAGGAUGUGGCCAUCACAAACACUGACCAUGGAGAGACUCAGGGCAUUGCAAACACUGACACCAGCACAGAUUUGGCUCAGUGCUCAGAAGACUGCAAGGCUGUAAUGACUCCCAGAGAUGAAGGGGCAAAGGCUGACGAGGCAGUAACUGAGGAUGUGACCAUCACUGUCAACUCUGGAGAGACUCAAGAAAUCCCAAAUGCUGACACCAUGCCCACUCCCCCUGUGAUUUGUACUCCCACUGUGGAUUUUUUCCAGGAGAGUGCUGUUUGCACACGGGAACUGGUGCCAGCCAUGGUGAAGAACAUCCACCAGAGUCUCAUGUCCCACGUCACUGUGGAUGCCAGGCUGCACAGUGACAUUGUGAGGCUGGCUGAGGAACACCCUGCAGACGUGGCGCUGACCCUCCUGCACUGUGCCCCAACGUGUGACAGAGCUGCUGCAAUGAUGUGGAGAGCCAUAGGCUCAUCACGACCAACAAUGGAGAAGGUGCUGGCAACACUGCUCUGUGUGAUGGAGGAUUGGCCUGUGCACAGCACAUGCACCUCCGAUGGGGACAACAAGGACGUUUUUGCCCUGGCUGCAACUCUGGUGAUCUGGGUCAUUGUGCCUAAAUGCCAUGAGGCCAUGAUCCUUUAUUCCUCCCGCCUGUUUGUGGCUCUGCUCUUCCAUGUUGUCAUCACCACGCAGCAGAUGCCACCAGAGGAAGUUGAAAACUUCUGGAGAGCGUGCCAGGAGGAACACCGCCUUCCCAGCAAGCCCAUGCAGGCCAUGAAGGCUCUGCUCUGCCGACUGGAGUGUGACCAGGAGGUGAUGGCUAUGGAGCGUAAGUGUGGCUGGGAAACGCUGCUGUGUGCUCACACCCAGCACUAUGCCGUGGGUCUGCUGGCCAGAGAGAUGCGCCGUGUCUCCCUCUCCUUGUGUUCUGGGAUUGCUCUCCGCCUGCUUGGGCUGCUCAGCAGGGAGGAGCCACACUGGGAUCUGCCCGGGCUGGCGUUCCUUGUGGAGGUCCUCGAGUGCCUGGACUUGAGGGAAUGUGCUGACAGCAUCCUGGAGAUCAUGUCAAGGCACCUGAGGAACGAGUGCAGGGAGAGCCGUCGCCUGGCGCUCAGAGGCCUCGUGGUGCUCAGCAAGGAUCCCUCGAUGGUGAGAAGGGGCAGCGGCUGA